GUGACUUCAAGUGAAUCAUGAAAGGAAAGCAUGCAUUUUGUUGAAAACUAACACAUUAGUUACAUUUCUCAAUUGACUCACUGGAGGAAAAUACAGCUGAGAAGGAAAAUCAACAUAUUUUACAUGAUGAGUGACAAACAGAAGGUUUCGUUGAAAGUGAAGCUUGAUCAGCUUCAAUGUCACUUUACGUGGGCCCCACAGCAAGAAACCAUUGACUUGGAUGAUCUGAAACAAAGACUAGAAGAUUCAAUACAGACAAAUGUGAAACCUCAAGCCAGAUUGUACAACCAACUUGCUUUUAUAAAUUGUCUGCAAGAAAACUGUGCAGAGGCAAUUCAGAAUUUAAAGGAAGCUGAAAAGAUUCUAAAGGAGAAUUAUAAAGAUGAAUUUGAACAAAGAAUGAUCAUCACCUAUGGAAACUAUGCCUGGGUUUAUUAUCACAUGGAACGACUGGAAGAGGCUCAGUCCUACCUCGACAAGCUGGAGACGGUCUGUAAACUAUUUCCUGAAGCCUCCCGGUUUACAGCAAUGAUACCCGAGGUUUAUGGGGAGAAGGGUUGGUCACUGUUGAAAUCUGCUGGCCAAUAUUAUGAAGAGGCAAAGGACUGUUUUAAAAAGGCUUUGGAGAAGGAUCCUGACAACAUUGAGUGGAACAUUGGUUAUGCUACUGUUCUGUCUCGCCUGGAAGCAUUUUCUGGGACCCCAGAGAGUCGUGGUCCCAUGGAAUCAGUGAAACAAUUUAGGCGUGUGCUGGAGCUUGAUCCUGAUCAUACUGAAGCCAUGGUGCUGUUAGCUUUAAAACUACAAGAGUUCAGUCAAGAGGAGGAAGCAUUCACAUUGGUGGAGAGAGCAUUGCAGAAGUCCCCUGAUCUCCCACACGUGCUUCGAUACGCUGCCAAGUUUUACAGAAACAAUGGAGAUGUUGAAAAAGCUUUGAAAGUGUUGAAGACAGCAAUGGAAAUUACUCCAAGCUCCACCUUCUUGCACCAUCAAAUCGGCCUGUGCUACAGAAAGAAACUAAUGUCACUGCUCAAAAAUCCACUCAGUAGAAGGCUCCACAAUCCUGCUUUUCAACAGAAAACUGAAUUGAUCAAACUUUGCAAGUCUCAUUUUAAAAAGGCAUUUGAGCAUCGGCCCUUAACCUUUAUUCGGGCACAACUGGAUUUUGCAGGAAUAUGUUCAAUAAAUGAAGAGUAUCCUGAAGCAGAGAAGAUCUACACCAAUCUCCUGAAACUGAAAGAUAUCCGUCCUGAGAAUAGGCAAGCAAUAUGUUUACAGGCUGGAUUAUUUCAACUGUAUCAGAAAAGAACAGAAUCAAAAGCCAUCGCCCAUUUUCUGGAAGGAAUGAAAGUUGAUUAUAAUUCAGUGGAAAGAAAAAAGUGCCGUGACAAUUUGGAGAGGAUCGCAACAAGACGACUUCACAGGAACACACGAGAUAGUCAGGCCCUGGGUGUUCUUGGCUUCCUGCAUCAACUGGAUGGGAAGAAGCGCAAAGCCAUUGAAUACUUUGAAAAGGCCUUGGAAUUUGAUCAAGGCAAUGAAGAAUAUCUCAGUGCUCUUUGUGAAUUACGCCUUUCCAUCUAGCUCAGCAUUGAAUUUCCCAGCUAAAACAUAGCCAAAAGAUGAAUUAAUACUCUUGAAACUAUAAUCAGCUUUUACCUGGUAUCCACUUCAUAGGUUCAGUUAGAUAUUUUUCAAUUGAUCAUAUUAUUCAUGUGUCCAAUUUUCAGAUGGGUAAUUAUAUUGUAAUUAUUCCAAAUCUCGAUGCUUCGUCAAGAAUUUUGUCGUCACUGGCAAUGAACCAUUUGUUUCUGAUGCCCAAGACAUUUUGUUGUGAGUGGAAAGAACCAAAAUGUAUUUGCAUUUUUUGGGAUUUGCAUGAAUUGAUUCAAUUGGACAGAGCUGAAAAGAAAGAGAUUUCGAUCCAAUUACAAACAUUUCUUGAGCCUGAUUUAAACUCCAGAUUGGUUUCAGAUGUGUGGUGAAGGAGUUUCAAAACUGACCUUUCGCUGCUGAUGUCUGUCUGAGAGUAUUUUAAAUUCCAAACUGCUGGCAAGCAAUGUUCAGGUUGGUGUUUUGCAGGAGAUUCUGCAUGGGAUGCAAAAGGAAUAUAUGGACAACCAGUGUGUGGAAGUCCCCAAGUUAUCAUUUUGCUGCCCGGUGGGGAAAUUUAUGUCCAAAGUAAAGUUAACAUUUUUCUUUGUUUCUCUCCAGAGUUCCCUCGUGGACUCUACCAAAAGCUGCCCCAGAAAACCACUUGGUAGACCUUCCACAAAUUCCUUUCGUUGGAAUCCAUGAACAACCCGGUUUUUGCUGACCACCUGUACAUCGAGUACCCCUUGAUUGUUAGAAUAGUGCCCUCCUGACAUGCUUCUUCUAUCUCCCAAUUUAUUUUAUUCCCAAACUCUGACUAUUGCUAGGUGGCCUGAACAUAACACCCAUCAGCAUCCUUUUUCCCUUUGCGGUUCCCCUGCUGUACCCACACGGAUUCUAUACCUUCCGACUCUAUAUCACUCCUUGCUAUCGAUUUAAUUUCAUUUCUUUCUGAAAAGGCAACCCCAUCUGCUCUGCCCAUCAGCAUGUUCUUUCAAGAGAGCCUAUAUCUUUGAAUGUUUCAUUUCCAGCCCUGAUCCACUUAGAGCCACAUUUCUGUGAUACCCACAGCAUCGUUCUAUUUUCAACUUGCAUUACAAGCUCAUUUACAAUGUUUUGUGUGCUGUGUGCAGUUGAGUAGAACACUCUCAGUCCUGCAAUGACUGCCCCAUUAUCAUAAUUGUCCCUUUAUCUAUUGUGCUUGAAGUUAGAUUCCUGACCUUUACCAUGCUUUGGCCUCGUACUUAUUCUGGAAACUUUCAUAGCCUCUGCUGAGCCCUUACCCUUUAACUUUUACCAUAAUUUUCCAAGCAUCAGAACCCAACCCCCCACUACUUAAUAUAAAAUCCUAUCCACAGCCCUGGAUGUGCACGGUGAAAGAAUUCUGGGCCCAGCAUGGUUCACAGCCCAGCCCAUCGAUAGAACUCCCUCCUUCUCCAGGACUGGGGCCAAUGUUCUAUGAAUUCAAACCUGUCUCUCCCACACCAAUUACGUGUUUAUCUCUUUGUAUUGUUGACCCUGUGCCAAUUUGCUCGUGGCUCAGAGCUUGUUCACGUUUCGGUUCUGCUUUUUAAUUUCACCCCUAGCUACUCAUAUUCCCUCAGCAGAACCUCUUUCAUCUUUCCACCUAUAUCGUUUGUACCUACAUGGGACAUGACAAUAUGAUCUAUCCCAUCCCACUUCAAGUUUCUCUGCAGAGGAGAUAUCCUGAACGGGCAAUCCUAUCCUGUCAGGCAAUACAACAUCUGGCACUGUUGAUAACACAGUGUUGAGCUGGAGGAACAUAUCAGGCAACGCAGCGUCAGAGGGACAGGAAGGUUGAGGUUUCGGGUCAGGACCCUUCUUUCCUGUUCCUCUCAUGCUGCCUGGCCUGCUGUGUUAUAGUGUGUUAUCUCUGAUUCCAACAUCAGCACUUCUUACUAUCUAUGGGACUGUUGAUCCUGUUUAUUCAUAGAACAUAGAACAUUGAACAAUACAGCACAGAACAGGCUCUUCAGCCCUUGAUGUUGCGCCGACCUGUGAAUUAAUCUAAGCCCAUCCCCCUACACAAUCCCAUCAUUAUCCAUAUGCUUAUCCAAGGACUGUUUAAAUGUCCCUAAUGUGGCCGAGUUAGCUACAUUGGCAGGCAGGGCAUUCUACACCCUUACCACUCUCUGAGUAAAGAAUCUGUUUUAAAUCUAUCACCCCUCAUUUUGCAGCUAUGCCCCCUCGUACAAGCCGGCGUCAUCAGCCUCGGAAAAAGACUCUCAAUGACCAUCCUAUCUAAUCCUCUGAUCAUCUUGUAUGUCUCUAUUAAAUCCCCUGUCAGCCUUCUUCCCUCCAAUGACAAAAGUCCCAAGUCCUUCAGCCUCUCUUCAUAAGACCUUCGCUCCAUACCAGGCAACAUCCUGGUAAAUUUCCUCUGUACCUUUUCCAAUGCUUCCACAUCCUUCCUGUAAUGGGGCGACCAGAACUGCACGCAAUAUUCCAAAUGAGGCCACACUAGUGUUUUGUACAUUUGCAGCAUGACAUCACAGCUCCAGAACUCAAUCCCUCUACCAAUAAAACCUAACACACCGUAAGCUUUCUUAACAGCACUAUCAAACUGACUUCUUUCAGGGAUGGAUGUACAUGGACACCAAGAUCCCUCCGCACAUCCACGCUACCAAGAGCCUUUCCAUUGACCCAGUAUUCUGCGUUCCUAUUAUUCUUCCCAAACUGAAUCGCAUCGCAUUUAUCUGCAUUGUACUCCAUUUGCCCCCUUCCAGCCCAAUUCUACAGUUUGUCCAAGUCUCCCUGCAACCUGCAACAUUCUUCCACACUGUCCACCACUCCAUCAACUUUAGUGUCAUCUGCAAACUUACUAAUCCAUCCACCUAUUCCUGCAUCCAAGUCAUUUUUAAAAAUGACAAAUAACAGUGGCCCCAAAACAGAUCAAUGAGGCACACCACUAGUAACCGGACUCCAGGCUGAAUAUUUUCCAUCAACCACCACUCAUUGCCUUCUUACAGAAAGCCAGUUUCAAAUCCAAACUGCUAAAUCUCCAUCAAUCCCAUGCCUCCGCAUUUUCUCCAACAGCCUACCAUGUGGAACCGUAUCAAAGGCUGUACUGAAGUCCAUGUACACCAUGUCAACUGCCCUACUUUUGUCUACAUGCUUGGUCACCUUCUCAAAAAACUCAAUGAAGUUUGUGAGACACGACCUGCCCUUGAAUCCAUGUUGACUAUCUCCAAUUAAAUUGUUGCUUGCUAGAUGAUUAUAAAUCCUAUCUCUUAUAAUCCUUUCCAAAACCUUUCCUACAACAGAUGUAAGGCUCCCUGACUGUACUGUCCCUGAUUAGAACUGCAUUUCUCUUCUCUCCCCACUUGAAUGUUUCCCUGUACUAUGGUGCUAAGAUGAGUUUGCUCGUCCUCCUUACACCACUCUCAUCCAUGCAGGGAGCAAGAAGUCAAACCUGUUAGACAAGCUCAAGGGCUAAGGCUCCUUCAGCACCGCACCCUGGUUCAUUCUACCUGCCUCGCUUGUAGUCACUCUCCUGUGCCCAUUCACUGACCAAUUUCAAGGGAGUUAAUCUAAAAGGUGUGACUGCCUCCUGAAACACGGCACCCAGGCGACUGGCCCCCUCCUGGAAAUGUUACAGUGUUUGAAGCUCAGACUCCAGCGCAUCAACUCUGGGCCACAGUUCCCCAAACAACCAACACUUGCUCCAGAUGUUGUUACUAAGGUUUUGGAGUUGAUUUGUAGCUCGGGUUGUGGAUGUUGUGGUUAGUUCGCUCGCUGAGAACUGAGGUUCGUUGCUGUUCCGCAGACAUUUCGUUUCCCUGCUGAGUAACAUCAUCAGUGCAGCCUCCGCUGAAGUGCAGUUGUGUUUUCUUGCCUUACAUCAGGAACACAUCGAAACUAACCACAAGACUCCUAUGACCGCUGGGCAUCAGAGUAGCACACAAACAGACAUCAACCCAACAACAACUGCUCACCCGAAACAAAGACUCACAACCCACUCUGGACAGGACCAAUGCCAUAUACAAGAUUCCCUGCAGAGACUGUGACAAACACUACAUUGGACAAACAGUUAGGAAAUUAACAACAAGAGUACAUGAACAUCAACUGGCUACAAAAAGACAUGACCAUAGAACACAGAACAUCGAACAAUACAGCACAGAACAGGCCCUUCGGCCCUCGAUGUUGUGCCAACCUGCGAACAAAUCUAAGCCCAUCCCCCUACACUAUCCCAUCAUCAUCCAGAUGCUUAUCCAAGGACUGUUUCAAUGCCCCUAAUGUGGCUGAGUUAACUACAUGGUAUGCAGGCUCACUUAUCUCUAUCCACAUGGAUAAGGAGAAAUACCAAUUCGAUUGGGACAACUCCAAGAUCCUGGGAUGAGAAAAGCAGAGACAGGUAUGGGAGUUCCUAGGAGCCUGGAACUCCAUGAAGAAAGCCAUCAAUAAACACAUAGAACUCAACCCCAUUUGUACUCCAUUGCGAAGGAAAUUCAGAAGUGAGGUAAUCCACCCCACGGACUCCAGAGUUUAAAAACGUUUCGGGAAAACACAACGGCGCUUCAUCAGAGGCUGCACUGAGGAUGUUACCCGGCAGGGUAAUGAAACAUUUGUGGAACAACAACGAUCCAGCUCAGUGAACCAACCAACUAAAAGAUGUGGUUACUAUGGAUCCGAUGCAUGGGCAACACUUCCGACACCAUCAAAAGAAUUAAACCAGAAGGAUUACACCAACUUAUAACAACAUUUUCACCGGCAUCAAAUUCAAGAGAAGAAGAAAAGAACAAACAAACUCCCACCCAUGGACCUGAUGAUAGAACGCAGGGCCAACAGGGAAUGGAAUUUCUGGCCAAAUUAUACACUGAGGCCAUACACACGGAUCAAGUCCUAAAUUUCAACAGUAACCACCCUAAUACCCAUAAAUGGAGUUGCAUGAAAGCACUGUUCAAACGAGCCACAACACAGGAAUUUCUAGAGGUUUGGUUCUCCACCAAGAAGGCCAUCAAUAAACACAUAGAAUUAGCCUCCAGAUACAUACCACUACAAAGAAAAACCAGAAAUGAGGUAAUCACCUCCAAUGGACCCCAGAGCUUAAAAACCAGGCGGGAAAUCUCAACGGCGCUUCGUCGGAAUCUGCACUGAUGUUGUUACCGAGCAGGGUAAUGGAACGUUUGCAAACUAAUGAACCAGCUCGGUGAGCCAACCAACCACAGCAUCCACAACCCGAGUGACAGAUCUACUCGACAACAUUACGUCUAAGAUAGUUUAAUAGAUCCACUCAUUAGUUUGCGUAUAUUUCUAAUCUACCUAAGGUAGAUUGCACAU